AUGCAUCAACACCCCCGAUCUCCGGCGCCUGCGGCGCCUCCCUCCGCAUCCAGGCCGGGCGCAAACCGCUCCGAUGACCGCCCGAACUCUCCAGCUUUCGACCCCAGGGUACAACUUACACGGGGAUUGGGCAUAGAGACGGAGGCUAGGUCAUCUGGACAGACAUCCAGUUCACGCCCAGCGAAAGAAGCAAUAUCGAAGCUCAAUCAGCUCGUAACGAAUUAUCACACAAAAGCUGCUCUAGUAAUACUGGCUUCCCGGAUCGACUUAACUCGCUCAGACGAUACACCGAAAAUAAAUCCCAAAGUCAAUCGAUGGUUCGCCAUCGAUUUAGAAGAUAUUGACGCCCUCCGAGAGCAGCUUCGGUUUUGGCGGAUAAACGACGUUAGCGAACAACCGCCUCCGCCGUUGAUCAUUGAGACGUAUCUGGAUACGAAAGAUCUGACGAAUAACCAGAGUCUCGUUGCCUUGGAUGAGCAAGGGAAACGAUUCGAUGUUCUGGAAUCUCUUUCUAGGUCUUCAGAGGCACAUGCCAAGGGGCCGGUAUCGUCCAGGUCCGAGGAUGUUAUUCUAGAGCGAUGGAGAGUGGAACUGGGGAAUACGCCGAACAAGGCACUACCGGCAGAUCUUGGCUCUAUUCUGCCAAAAAUAUAUAAACAGAGUAUCGUGACGUUCAGGACAUUGUUCACCUACUCCAAGUUGUUACCCGCGUGGAAGCUCGCGAAGCGCAACGGGAGGCUUCAUGCGCACCCGGCGCUUCAGAUCCGGUAUCGUAUCUUGGCUGGGAAACCCAAUCCGGACGACUCCAGGCCGGAUCGCCUGACUACGCCACUGUUUGACAGCAGUAAUAAGGUGGUCGAAACGUAUACCUUUGGGACCACGGAGUCGCCGGUCGGAUACCUGUCCAUCCAAGUGACCUAUCGAACGAGCUGUGAGUUUCGAGUGGACGAUUCGGAGGCCCUCCUGAGUUCACGAUUCAUGGGGGCCGAUGACGAGGUCUUUCGCCCUUCACUUCCAAGCAGGGAAUCCAACCUCAAGGCCGCCAAUUCCGGGGUCGGAUCAGCUCCUGUCGAGAAACGAACUGUCGAAGACCCUGACCCAAGUCGAGCUUAUGGGAGUCUUUCAACGUUCCACCAUGUCGGCCCUACGACCAGUGCGAGUCCAAUAUCAGCUCUUCGCGCCGCCCGCGAAUCAGGAGCUGCGUCACCAUCCCCCCCGAGUUCCUCUUCCCGGAAGCCUGUAGAAGUUGUGAAAGCAAGCCCGUUGGGGCGAGCUGCCGUUUUGGCGAAUGAAAGUAGCCCAGGCGUUGCUAGACGAUCGUCUAUCUCUUUCCCUCCGUUCAAAGCACCACCAUUGUCUGCGUCGCCGUCUCUUGUUGAUCCUCCACUGGGGAUGUCGCCACGGUCGGGGACAAUGACUCGCCCUCAAUUCCCAGAGUCGAAGAACAUGCCACCGCCAUCCAUGGCAGCUUCCGCUCGCAAAUCCUUACCCUUGCCCGGGGCUUCUGAGACCACAGCUACUUCUUCAAACUCGGCAUCGCCUCGGCCUACACCAAUCGCAAGGUACAGUAGCGCCUUCACCCAUCGACGCGGGAGGCCUUCUUCGGGCAACAUCAACAGAAUAGACGACGAAAACUCGAGUGGCAAGACCAGUGCAACGUCUUCCAACCCUCAACCUGGGUCAGGCUUACUUGCUGAAGCCACGGGGACAAGUGCAGAUUCCAUUCAUGCAGACGAUGAGAAUAUUACGGAGUUCCUGAAGAUGCUAGACUUGAGGAAAGAUCUCCUGAGAACAUCAAACUCGGCUUCUGCUGAUGUGACUGCACGCCGGACAACGGCUACUUCGGCUGCGUUGACCCGGUUUCAGCGAAUGAGAGAUUCGAACGCACAACUGUCGGAGUCAAUGUCAUCUUCUAUGCUCUUGCAGCGUUCGUCGACCUCUUCGAGCAAGCAGCUCUCAGGGGUGCCUCCCAUGGUGGCUGGUACUUCGAUUUCGACGGCCUCUUCUCCGGGAAAGCCCAUUUCACCCCACACCCCACAUACUCCGGCCAUUCCGUCUCGCCUUAGCUCUAACAGCAUUGUUGACUAUGGCAACGAGAGAGGUCGCGAGCAACCCUCCUCGGUCGGAGAUUACACUCCUGAGGGUCCGACCAUACCUCAUCGCCCGUCCGUCGUGACGGUAAAUGCGAUUGAUAUUCCUACGUCACCAGGGUUGCCCUUCCCGCCUUAUCGUCGGCCCAGCUCUGCUGCUCCCCCCCCUCCACCAGUUGCGACCGAUGAUGAUGAGAUUUUCCCCUUCAAUCUGCGCAGCGUAAGUCUCGGGGCUGAGGAGAGAUCUCACAACAGCUUAAGUGCCCUACAGAGACAGCAUGACCUGGAAGGGGCUAAAUCAAACACCCAGCCAACGCGCAGAGAACAGCGUCCCCCUUUGGCUAGCGAAGAUCCGAGCCGAAGGUCGAGCUCAACGGGGCAUGGAACAAGCCCCCACAAGCGAACUUCAUUGUCAGGGCCAACAGUAGCACCGUCGCCGUCGAACAAUCAUGUCUACCAACCACGCUUCAGCCUUUGUCGGGGGCGAGGACUGUCCGGUGGGCCGCACUCUCUCAGCUCCGGCUCGAGUAGCCUUGCGCGCGGUGCUCCUUCUGAUCUCGCUGAGCGCGAUCAUGAUCGUGAUGUCAAUGCGAGUGGCAGUAAUAGCGGCACCUCGACUGUUGAAGAUCGUCGGGCAGCUGGGCGACGGCCUAGUUCGGGCCGCAAUAUUCCUCCGCCAUCACAAGUUGAAGAGGACGAGCCGCUAUUAUUUGCUAUGAGCGAUUUCGGGGCCUCCCGGCGAAGCUUCGAAGAAGGCAGACAUGGCAACCAUGGUAGGCGACUCUAA